CGAAAAGCAACUAAGACACACAACCAACUGAGCCAGACUUGUGGCUGCCCUUUCGCCUCCUCAACGCCUCGCCAGCUCCAUAUCCCCCUGUGAUUGCACCAGUAGCCUGCAUAUGUCGGCGCCACAGGAAGCGCUUGGCCAGGACGAUGCAGUGCGGCCACCACCCAUCGUCUCAACGACGCGGCAUCGCUCACAGCAUCCCCCACAAACGUCGUUGCCACCUCGAGCAAGGUCAACAAGCGAGUCGGGCACAAGCAUGUCCAUUGUAGAUCUACUUAAUCCAUCGUCCACCCACGCCCCGAACUCUUGCAGCGACGAAGACGAGCCCUCUUGUGACGAAAACAAGUUCAAGCAAGAAGACUUGCUUGCAAGACCUUCUUAUAACGACAAUCAUAACGACAAUCAUACGUUCCCAUCAUACGAGGACAACGUGGACGAGUUCGUGAAUAGCGACGACACAGAUGACAGCGCAUUCCAAAAGCGGGGGCUCUCGUGCUCGAUCAAAACGUGCCCCAACAAGGCGGUGAGCAAGGGUCGAUGUAUAUCCCAUGGAGGCGGAUGCCGAUGCAAAGUGACUGGCUGCAAGAACGGUGCCAAAAUGUACGGGCUAUGCCACCUCCAUGGCGGUCGUAAGAAAUGCAAGCAUCCUGGCGGCUGUGGGAAGUUUGCCAAAAGCUUGGGGCUGUGUUGGGCGCAUGGUGGGAGCAAAACGUGUGGCCAGGAAGGCUGCGAGAAAGGGGCGCUCAAGGGCGGGUUUUGCUGGGCCCACGGAGGAGGCAAGCGAUGUCGAGCUCCGAGCUGUCAGAAGCCCGUCAAGUCUGGGGAUGUGUGCAGCUUGCAUUAUAAAGAUCCAAAUACAUAGCUACACUCUUGUCCUCG